AUGGCCUCUGGGACAGUCCUGGCCGCGAUCAUGCGGGCGCUGCGCCCACAGUUCCGCGGGCCCCACGACCGGCUGGCCCUCGCUGUGCACGCCUUCUUCCUCUCACAGGGCUACACGGUAACCGGUGUGGGGACGCAGGUGGACGGGUCGACCACCCCAGACCCGGACGCCGAAGAAGCCACCCUGGAGGGCUGGAACGGCCAGGAGGACUGGUACGCCUUCCAGUACGUCGACCCCCAGGGGGUAAAGCCGCCCGUGACGGUCAAGUGCCUGCGGCUGGGCGACAAGCUGAUGGUGAACGCGCUCGCGAUGGGGGAGGGCGCGGAGGUGCCGCGGAGCCUGGAGCUGGAUGCUGGGCAGUUCACGACGGUCUCCAACGACGUGGCGAAGGGAUUCAAGGACCUGGACGGCCUGGCGGCAAAGGUGGCGUCAUGCAUGGAAUUCGGCAAACGUGGCGGGGAGGCGUCUUCUUCGACGCGUGAAGGACGCGACCGGGUCGGGCGCGAGGUCGAGCGCCCGGUCGGGGAGGCGCCCCCUCCUGAUCGCAUCCCGUACGGCGAAAGGGUUCCGGGAAUGUUUGGAGGAGAUGCCGAUCGGCUGCCCGGGAUCGGCGGCAUGUUGGCUGGUCCGCGGGACCCCGCGUUCGUGGGGGGUUUCCGCCAUCCGGAGCUGCUCCCCGGCGGCGGGAGGGGCCUUGUGCCGGAUUUUGACCCCGUGGCGCCGCCGGGCUUGCCGGGCUACAUGCCGGAGGACUUCAUUCAGGGCGGGCCGGGGAGGAGGCGCCCGGGGCACAUGCACCCCGACCUGCCGCCCCCGGGCGGGGUUGGAGGCGGGAGCUGGGACUCAAUGUUUGGAUGA